AUGUCUAUUACUACAACUAUUCUCGCACCCACCAUUAGCCUCACUACUAUUCAAGAAGAAGCAAAUUCAGUGGAUAGUUCAAAUACUGACAACAGUCGUAUUGAAAAAAAUGAUCAAAAAGAUCUGGUAGAUUUUCUUGGUAAAGAUUUGGGCAUUAAACUUUAUCCAUAUUUACAAUUUGAAGACGUUACGCCGUUGAAACGUAAAGACAAUGCUAAAAGCACUGUGAGAACUGGAUUCUGGACUUUUCGUUCAAAAGAAGUCGCAUUGAAGGAAUUGCCUGAAAUAAUAAAAAAAGACGAAGAAAAAAGUCAACAGCUCUAUAAUGAGCUACGUUUGCUCAAGAAAUUAACCCUUCAUGAGAACAUCCUACAAUAUCAUUGUAUAACGCAAGAGCCAGAAUCCGAAAAAUAUCUUUUAGUACUCCAACACAUAGACAGUGGCGAUUUACGUUCAUAUUUAGAGAAGAAUGCGAAAGAGAUGUCUUGGGUGCAUAAAUUACGUCUAACUAAAGGCAUCGCUUAUGCACUUCAUCAUCUACACAAAUCAGGAAUAAUACAUCGUCGUUUGCGUUCAUCCAAUAUCCUAAUAAAUCGCGGUAGAGCAAUUUUGACAGAUCCGAUUACUUUCACUUUGGAAUAUCAUUCAUCAUCAUCACCAGCACAAAGUACUCUGCCGUUCAUCGACCCUAAAUUAUUAGAGGAUCCAAAUUUAACGCCAGACUCACGAUCAGAUAUUUACAGUUUGGGAAUGAUAAUGUGGGAGAUAUCAAGUGGACGACAACCAUUUUCUUUCGCUUUAUCUGAUCAAAAUUUCGUGAAUGGUAUUAUCGAUGGAAAACGUGAAUCUCCUGUACUUGGAACGCCCGUCGAAUACAUUCAACUAUUUACCAAAUGCUGGAAUUCGGAUCCUGAUCAAAGACCAACCAUCAAGGAAGUAUGUGAGCGAUUAGAGGAUAUGAUGUUGACACCAGUUCUUCAAAAGCAUGACCAAAAACAGGGCCACGAUGAAUAUUUUGAAGAUGAAGGCAUUCAAUCGGACGCAAAUGGAUCUUUAGGGAUAGAAAAGCGAGGUAUUCACAGCAAUGAUCCCACCUUUAACUUUGAUACAAUCAACGAUGACCCAAUGGAAACGCAUCAUAACAAACAUGAAUCAAAGUUUGAAAUUGUAGAGAAUAACGAUGUUGAAUCAGAGUCGAAGUUUGAAAUUAUAGAAAAUGGCGACGUUGAAUCAGAUUCGUCGUCGAAUUAUCCAGAAAGUAUUAUAGAACAAGAUGAUGAUGAUGAAAUAGGAGUAGUUGAUAAUAACAAGUCUCCAAUACCGGAUAAACUUCCUGUUUCGGAAGAACUUGAUAUAAAUGAUAGUUUUAUUUCUGAGACACAUGAUCCGCAUCAGCAAACCUCAUCAACACCAACACCAGAUAUCGCUUAUGUUGCUGCUCCUACGAAACGAAAAUCGAAAAAAAAGUUUUUCAAAAAGGGAUCGUUAAAGGAGUUCGUGAAAAAAUUAUUCCGUAUAAAACCAAUUUCACGAAAAAAAGAAAAAAAGGCGUAA